AUGAGGCUGUCAGCCGUACUACGCAUAGUGGCCAUUGUUUUUACCCUUCUGGCCACGUGGCUCUUUGCCCACACCUAUUUCAAGGGAACUGGUAAGACCAUCAGCUUGCGAGGCUUCCUGGGUUCUUCCUCAAAGACAACCGAGAAGCAUCCAAGAAAUAAAUGUGACAACAGUAAGAAAUGCCCCAAGGAUUUCUUCGCCUUUCAGAUCUCCAGUGGAGCUGCCAAUGUCGUGGGGCCCUCCAUAUGUUUUGAAGACAAGGUGCUCAUGAGUGGUGUGAAAAAUAACAUUGGGAGAGGACUCAACAUUGCAUUGGUGGACGGAGUAACAGGAAUUCUCAAGAAAUACCAGUACUUUGAUAUGUUCUCCGGAGAUAUUAACACUUUACUGAAAUUCCUAAAAGAAAUUCCAAAGAGCACCCUCGUGCUGGUGGCUUCAUUCGAUGACCCGGGCACAAAAUUGAACCCAGAGGCCCGAAAGUUGCUCACAGAAUUAGGAAGCACACACGCACAAAACAUCGGCUUCCGGGACAGCUGGGUCUUCUUAGGUGCCAAAGACAUCAAGGACAAAAGCCCCUUUGAAGAGUACUUAAAGAAUAAGCCCGAUCAGAACAAGUAUGACGGCUGGCCGGAAGCCUUGAAGAUAGAGGGUUGCGUCCCCCGCAAGGUGGCAUAGGGCCGCCGAGACAGCUCGGGCUCUCCAGACAAAGCCUCCUGCCUCGGGAACCAUGCGCAGCCUCCUAGAAGAAGCUGAGAUCGGAGCAGAUAACGCCAGCCCCCAGGGCGGGGAGGGCCAGGGGGGAAUAAAAGCAGCCAGGUUGACAAGUUGUUUGCAGUUGGUAACCAGAAGCGUCCCAGAUGCUUUGCCCUUCUCUCAGGGACACCAGCCGCUGUGCAGGGUCCCAAGCCUCAGCCCUCUGGGAGAUGAAUUCGAAGCAAUGCCUGCUCAUGAUCCCGAUGCCUGCUGAAGUUCCCAUUGGGCAGGGGCCUCGUUGUCUCCAAAUCAAAGAGGACUGGGGAAUG